CGCCGCCCCGCAGAUGGCCAUGAACCGGGCCUACGCGGCGCCGCAGCAGUUCCAGCAGCCGCAGGAGCCCAAGCAGAUCACGACGGAGCAAAUCCAGGCCAUGCUGGACGAGAACUCGAGUCUCAUCGUGGAGAUCAUCGAGCUCAACACGCAGAUCAAGCAUGGCAAGGGCACGGCCCAGCUGGGGGAGUUCACGGAGAAGCUGGACAAGAAGCGCAAGAACCUCAACAAGAACCUCAUGACGCUGGCCAAGUGGGCCGACGAGUCCUCCGAGACGUCCCCCAGGCAGCCGCAGGCUUACGGCCAGGCCCAAAUAGCACAGCAGCAGCAGUACGCGCGCGCCGAAAUGAUGCAGAUGCCCAUGGCCAACCAGGCGCAGUACCAGGCCCAGGCUCAAGCGCAAGCGCAAGCGAGGGCCCAAGCUCAAGCGCGACUUCAAGCUCAGGCCCAGGCCCAGGCUCAAGCCCAAGCUUACGCACAGGCUCAGUACCAGGCGCGCAUGAACCCUAUGAUGGCUCAGCAGUACGGCCAGAUGAACGUCAUGGCCCAGCAGCAACAGCAGCAGCAACAACAACAGCAGCAACAGCAGCGGUAUGCUAACGGCGGCAUGCCCUACGGCGUCCCGGGCAGUGGACCGAUGUCGCACCCCGUCCGCAUGAGCAACGCGAUGCAGAUCCCCACGAGCUACGCAGACAAUCGGAACGCUAUGGCGCCCAACAUGGGCUUUCAGAUGGGCCCGCAGGGCUACGGCAUGAUGGCUCCGACGCAGAUGCAGCGCAUGAAUCCCGCGUCGCAAGGAAUGGCCCCGCAGAGUAUGCCUCAGCAGGGGAUGCAGCAGCAGACCAUGCCCCACCAGAGCAUGGCAAUGGGGCAGCAGAACAUGGCGAUGCCCCAGCAGAGUAUGGCGAUGCCGCAGCAGAGCAUGGCCAUGUCGCAACAGAGUAUGGCAAUGGGGCAGCAGAGUAUGGCGAUGCCUCAGCAGAGUAUGGCGAUGCCCCAGCAGAGCAUGGCGAUGGGCCAGCAAGGAAUGCCUCAGCAGGGGAUGCAGAUGCCCCAGCAAGGCAUGCCUCCCAUGCAGAUGAACGCCCCGCCGAACUCGGGCGCGAUGACGGACGCUUCGGGCCGCCCAAGCAGCUAGGCGCUCCAAGAGUUCUAAAGCCCAUAGCUAACACGUCGUCGAUGAAGAAUCCAUUUUCACUAUACUU